AUGAGCGGCCGCAUCCCCCUGGCAGAGAAAGCCCUGUCCGAAGGCUACGCCCGGCGGCGGUACAGGGACACCUCCCUGACCAUCUGGCAGCAGCAGCAGCAGCAGCUGGAGUCUGUGCCGCCCGGGACCUACCUGAGCAGGAGCCGAAGCAUGUGGUACUCCCAGUACGGAAACGAGGCCAUCUUAGUCCGAGACAGAAACAAGCUUGGGGUCCCCCGGGACACAGGCCAGUCCAAGUUUUGCACAAUUAUGUGAUCACGGUGUGAAAACCGGGGCUCAGGCGCCACACUGAGAACAGGCCACGUCUUUGCCGUCUGUGGAUCACCGGGCCUCACAGGGAGACUUGAACUGGGGUGUAAGAACCUGAGGACCCUAGAAGCGGCUCUAAGCCCCUGGGCAAGUGUUGGCGUGACUGGUCGGCUGGCCGCUGAGCUGUCCAGGCUCUCCGCUUGGCUUCCCAUAAAUCAAUCAAGAGGGACACCUUGUUUACAACCAACUUUCCCCAGCUAGGCGGGAUGUUUUUAUUUAUUCAUUUUUUUCAAUUAUUAGUUUUUUUGUUUUAC